UUUGGGAAGCAGGGAAUGGGGCUGGAAGGGCAAAGCCAGGAGACAAUUCGUCAUCUACUCCCUGGACCUGGCCCGGCUUUUCCUUUGGGUCCUGCGGGAAUACGACGAGGUGGAGCCCAUCAUUUUGUCAGUGGGAGAAGAAGACGAGGUGUCCAUCCGGGAGGCGGCGGAGGCCGUGGCAGAGGCCAUGGAUUUCCAGGGAGAGCUCCUUUUUGACCCCAGCAAGGCCGACGGGCAGUUCAAGAAGACGGCCAGCAACGCCAAACUCCGGCGGUACCUGCCCGGCUUCCAGUUCACUCCCUUUAGGAAAGGUGAGGUGGGGACAUGGAGGUCCUGCCUCUGCCAGCCUUGGGGGCAUCAGGGUGGUCCAUCCUUUGGGAUGAGGGUGGUGGAACACUGGCACGGGGUGUCCAGGGAGGUUGGUGGUUUCUCCGUCCCUGGGAAGCGUCCAAGGUCAGGUUGGAUGGGGCUUGGAGCAAGCUGGGAUAGUGGGAGGUGUCUCCUUGCACGGUGGUUGGAUGAGAUGACCUGA